CUACGCAAAGGCAAAGAGGUCAAGAGGAGGGAACAGGGGGGGGAGAGAACCACGUGUGUUCAGCACCACCACCAUGUACAGCUCUGUCCUUCCUCUGUAGCCUUGUUUUUGUAUAAUCCUCCGUCACCCUUCGCAUGCAGCCUCCCGGCCCUGCGUGAGCCUCAACAAGCAGACCGGUUCCGACUCGCGUUUCCCUCCCGCCAUCAUCCAUAGACGGACUGCCGACAGCCGAAAGCCGCAGGCAGGGAGGGGGGUUUCUUUCUGGAGCCACACACACUGACAGCCGACCAUGGUGAGCAAGACAGAUGACAUCCCGGCGUCGGUGCCCGACUGCAAUCCGGCCGACCUCCAGCGGGACGGAGCCGGGGACGGGACCCAGGAGGGCGGCGGGACCAGCAAGAGCCGAGCGGAGGACUCCUGCGGCUGUGGCCACAGUGCAGAUACAGCCAUGCUGAACGGCGACGGCGCUCACACGGAGGAGGGAGAGUCAAAGCAGGAUGGGAACAGCGAGGCGGAUGGCGGCGAGGACUCCAACGAACAGGAAGUGAUAGUGAUCCAGGACACGGGCUUCACCGUUAAGAUCCAGGCGCCUGGAACGGAGCCGUUCGACCUGCAGGUGUCCCCCCAGGAAAUGGUGCAGGAAAUCCACCAGGUGCUGAUGGACCGCGAGGACACCUGCCACCGCACCUGCUUCUCCCUGCAGCUGGACGGAAACGUGCUGGACAACUUCGCCGAGCUCAAGUCCAUCGAGGGCCUGCAGGAGGGCUCGCUGCUCAAAGUGGUUGAAGAACCGUACACUGUGCGCGAAGCCCGCAUCCACGUGCGCCACAUCAGAGACCUGCUGAAAAGCCUGGACCCCUCCGACGCCUACAACGGCGUGGACUGCAACUCCCUGUCCUUCCUCAGCAUCUUCACUGACGGAGACCUCGGAGACAGCGGCAGGAGAAAGAAGAAAGGCACGGAGCUGGAGCAGAUCGACUGCACCCCUCCAGAACACAUCCUGCCUGGCAGCAAAGAGCGCCCCCUGGUGCCCCUCCAGCCACAGAACAAAGACUGGAAGCCCAUGCAGUGCCUGAAGGUCCUGACCAUGAGCGGCUGGAACCCGCCCCCUGGAAACAGGAAGAUGCACGGCGACCUCAUGUACCUGUACAUUGUGACGGUGGAGGAGCGCCACGUCAGCGUCACGGCCUCCACUCGAGGCUUCUACCUCAAUCAAUCAACGACCUACACCUUCAACCCAAAGCCAGCCAAUCCCAGCUUCCUGAGCCACUCGCUGGUGGAGCUGCUGAGCCAGAUCAGCCCUGCCUUCAAGAAGAACUUCACCUCACUGCAAAAGAAAAGAGUCCAGAGACAUCCGUUCGAGAGGAUAGCCACGCCUUUCCAGGUGUACAGCUGGACAGCUCCGCAGGUCGAUCAUGCGAUGGACUGCGUCCGAGCUGAGGAUGCCUACACCUCCCGCCUUGGUUAUGAGGAGCACAUACCGGGACAGACCAGAGACUGGAACGAGGAGCUGCAGACCACCAGGGAGCUGCCGCGGAAGAACCUACCCGAGCGGCUGCUGAGGGAAAGAGCCAUUUUCAAGGUCCACAGUGACUUCGCGGCCGCUGCCACCCGCGGGGCCAUGGCCGUAAUCGACGGGAACGUCAUGGCGAUCAACCCCGGCGAGGAAACGCGCAUGCAGAUGUUCAUCUGGAACAACAUCUUCUUCAGCCUCGGCUUCGACGUGCGGGACCACUACCGGGAGCUCGGCGGGGACGCCGCCGCCCACGCCGCGCCGACCAACGACCUGAACGGCGUGCGGGCCUACGGGGCGGUGGACGUGGAGGGUCUCUACACCCUGGGGACGGUGGUGGUGGACUACAGAGGCUACAGAGUCACGGCGCAGUCCAUCAUCCCCGGGAUCCUGGAGCGUGAGCAGGAGCAGAGCGUCAUCUACGGCUCCAUCGACUUCGGGAAGACCGUGGUGUCUCACUGCAAAUACCUGGAGCUGCUCGAUAAGACCAGCAGGCCGCUGAAGGUUCAGCAGCACAAGGUGCUCAACGAGAAGGACGAGUCGGUGGAGCUGUGCUCCUCCGUCGAAUGCAAAGGCAUCAUUGGCAAUGACGGCAGACACUACAUCCUGGACCUCCUGCGAACCUUCCCUCCUGAUUUGAACUUCCUGCCGGUGGACGGAGAGGAGCUGUCUGCAGAGAGCCAGCGCCAAGGCUUCCCCCGGCAGCACCGUCACCGCCUGGCUUGUCUUCGCCAGGAGCUCAUCGAGGCCUUUGUCGAGCACAGAUAUCUUCUGUUCAUGAAGAUGGCAGCGUUACAGCUUAUGCAGCAAAAGGCAAACAAGGACUCUAACAAAACAGACAUGCCCGCCAUCACUGAGGCCUCAGAGGCAGAUCCUGCACAGACCGCGCCCGCUGAGGCGUCCGCAGAAAGCACAGGCCCGGCAGACUCCGCCGCUGCUGCCCCGCAAGAGGCAACCGAAGGUGAAGAAAAGCCUUCGCAGCCAACAACAAACGGGCCUGUAGACCCCGCAGGCUCCCAGAACGGGGAGUGCAAAAGCCCACUGGAGGGUAAGGAGCUCGAGGAAAGUAUUCCUGGGUUAGCUCAGGCCAAAGAGCUGGCGGAGACCUUAGUGUCCGAAGACGGAUCUGGUAUCGAUCCCAAAAGCCGGGAGGUGGUCCUCAAUGCCUGCAAGGCCGUGGGCUCCAUCAGCAACACUUCGUUUGACAUUCGCUUCAACCCCGACAUCUUCUCCCCAGGGGUGCGUUUUCCAGAGGACACCAUAGAAGACGUCCAGAAGCAGAAGCAGCUCCUCAAAGACGCCGCUGCCUUCCUGGUGACCUGUCAGAUCCCGUCUCUGGUGAAGGACUGUUUGGACCACAGCACUCUGCCCAUGGAUGGAGCCACGCUGACAGAGGCUUUGCACCAGAGAGGCAUCAACGUCCGCUAUUUGGGGACAGUUUUGGAGUUUGUGAACAAGACCCAAGCCAAAGCCCAGCUCGAGCACUUCUACAGAAUAGGAAUCAUUGAGCUGAUCACAAGGUGUGCAAAACAUAUCUUCAGGACAUACCUGCAGGGCGUGGAGUUAUCGGCUCUUUCUGCCGCCGUCAGCCAUUUCCUCAACUGCUUCCUGAGCUCCUUCCCCGACGCCGUCGCACACCUGCCUCCCGACGAGCUGGUGUCGCGGCGCAAGAGCCGCAAGCGUCGCACCCGGGUCCCCGGCAGCGGCGACAACACGGCGUGGGCCAGCCUGACGCCCAGCGAGCUGUGGAAGAACAUCGCCGCUGAGGCCCAGAGCUAUUAUCACUUCAAAAUCCAGUGCGAGAGCGUGGACCAGGUCGUGGAGAAAUACGGGCUUCAGAAAACCACCCUGCUCAGAGAGAUUUCAGUCAAGACUGGCAUCCAGAUCCUGCUGAAGGAGUAUAAUUUCGACAGCCGUCACAAGCCAGCCUUCACGGAGGAGGACAUCCUGAACAUUUUCCCCGUCGUGAAGCACGUGAACCCCAAAGCCUCCGACGCCUUCCACUUCUUCCAGAGCGGCCAGGCCAAAGUGCAGCAAGGUUUUCUGAAGGAGGGCUGCGAACUGAUCAACGAGGCUCUGAACCUGUUCAACAACGUCUACGGAGCCAUGCACGUGGAGAUCUGCGCCUGUCUACGCCUGCUGGCCCGCCUCAACUACAUCAUGGGAGACCACGCCGAGGCUCUCAGCAACCAGCAGAAGGCCGUUCUGAUGAGCGAGAGAGUCCUUGGCAUCGAGCAUCCCAACACCAUUCAGGAAUACAUGCACUUGGCUCUUUACUGCUUCGCCAACGGGCAGCUGUCGACCGCCCUGAAGCUGCUCUAUCGGGCUCGGUACCUCAUGUUGUUGGUUUGUGGGGAGGACCACCCGGAGAUGGCGCUAAUAGAUAGUAAUAUUGGGCUUGUGCUCCAUGGAGUGAUGGAGUAUGAUUUAUCUCUGAGAUUCCUGGAGAACGCCCUGACCAUCAACACAAAGUAUCACGGAGCCCGUUCCCUCAAAGUGGCCCUCAGCCAUCAUCUGGUUGCAAGGGUGUAUGAGAGCAAGGCAGAGUUUCGCUCGGCUUUGCAGCACGAGAAGGAGGGUUACACCAUUUACAAGAACCAGAUGGGCGAGGCUCACGAGAAAACCAAGGAGAGCUCCGAGUAUCUGAAGUACCUGACCCAGCAGGCUGUAGCCCUGCAGAGGACCAUGAACGAGAUCUACAAGAACGGCUCCAACGCCAGCAUCAUGCCGCUCAAGUUCACCGCUCCCAGCAUGGCGAGCAUCCUGGAACAGCUCAACGUCAUCAAUGGCAUCAUCUUUAUUCCGCUCAGUCAAAAGGACCUGGAGAACCUGAAGGCAGAGGUGCAGAGGCGGCAGCAGCUGCAGGAGGCGGGGAGGAGCGAGGAGCCCGCCGAGGACAGCCCACUUGAACUAGAAGACAAAAUCCCCGUUGAUUAACAUUCAGUAGCUCCAGACACUUCUGCUUUUUAACGAAAAGGAGAAAGAGGGAGAGAGAGGCUGUGAUGCAACAGCCAAGCAAUGGAGCCUGUGGACCUGAAAACCAAGAAAAUCAGCUUUGAAAUAAACAGGGUGAGGGUGGGGUCAGCGAAGUCCGGGGAAGAAGAAUUAAAACAAACAUAUGGACUGUAGGACAAAUGAACACAGAGCAGGAGUUUCCUACAAAGUAGGAGAGCGGAGGGAGAAGAAAUUACAAAUGACCUAGAUUGAGUGUAGAGGUGCAAUCAGAGUAAUCCUGGGCUCAAGACGGGCGGCGAUGAAGUCCCUGAAAGUGCUGCUUAGAAAAAAAUCCUUUAUGAAAGAACGGCUGCAGCUGGAGGAGAGCGACCAAGAAUGACCACGACAUUAUGUACCAGAGCCUUAUCCGCCACAUCAUCAUCACGCCCAAAUCAUGCUUCAUGUAACACCACCCCCCAAAAAAAAAAAAAAAACUUCUCAAAGGUGCUGCGAAUGAAACGGCACCAAGCCUGCCCGAGAACUCAGGGGCUCGUUUCUACUGUGCACUAUCAGACCGGAACAAAGGCCGUAAACUAGAGAUUUGUUUCCAACGAGGCAUCAGAAUGUAAACUUCCAUCUUUAAAGUCACUUUGUAGCAGUCACACUUCAUCCUUCAGCCUCCCCCGACGAGACGGGAAUUUAAUUUCUUCUGGCAUUUGUGUGUGCUAACGUCCCAGGACGGUGCCUGCUGCGUCCCGCCGAGCAAACCGUCGGCACACUGAGCUUUCAACCGAUGAAUUCGGUUCAUGUGGUGGGGUGUGUGUAUUCUUUAUUUGUUCUUUUUUUUUUUUUUCUUUUUUAAAUGCGUUUGAUUAUCGGUAAAAUUUAAGCCAUGUCUGUUUUGUGGAAAAUGUAUAGAAAGGGGGGGAGAUGUAUAAAUCUUGAUUGGAUCUAGGCAGGUACUUGGUGUUGAGGGAAAUCCCGGAUCUCAAAUACGUCCACUUUAAACCGUAGAUAUAUCCAGAUAUAUAUAUAUAUAUAUAUAUAUAUAUAAAUAAAUAUAUACUAGCUGUGUUCAGUCUAUUAUUUUUACACUCAAACAGAAUUAUGCAUGUGUGUUUGACGGUGUGCGUCUUUUCUCUGUGUGUGUUGUCUGCCGGAAAAUCUGCCGGGGGCGAGACUGUUGCUUUCCGAAAGUUUUAUACCUCCGCACACGUUAAAGCUGUUAAAUCGCUGAUGCAUAUUUUCUUAAAACAUUCAUGGCCACCCGUGUUGUAAAUCUGCUUACGUAUGAAGUCGGACGCUCCGCUUACCCACUGCACAAAGCUCUCAGUUUCGGGAUGUUAUUUUUUUUUUUGUUUGUUUCCCCAUUUUGUUUUGUUCUGGAUUUCGGAGAUUUAAAAACUUGCCAGGGGUUGAGCGGCGCUUUUCUUGUGCGACUGCAUGACCAAAAGUGGGCAAAAGCAGGUAGGAUGUUGCAAGAAAAAAAAAAAAGACGCCGAUAAAGAUCUGUUUGUAUACAUGCAAUGUUUCCCAUCUAUUGUAAUUUACUUAAUUGUUGCAGUGUGUAGAUUUGUGAUUAAAGCAAUAUAGAGAGGGCUCUGGAGUUUUUGUGUGUAGAACAUGUUUUUUUUUUUUUUUUCUUCUUCUGUUUUUGGCACAAGACAUGGAAAAUGGACUACUUGGAAUUUAACAAAGCCUUGUUCCAAAGUGAACGUCAAGCCCUUCACGAUUAUAUCAUCAUAUACGUUGCAGUUGCGUCCCUCAUAUUUAUGCUCUUGAAUGGAACUUGGGUCAUGAUGGGUGGACUUUAGCAGAGUAUUAAGCUGAGAUUUCCCUGUUUUUUUUUUUUGUUUUUUUUUUUGUUUGUUUUUUUUUCCUUCUGGGUCUCUUGAAUCAGAUUUCUUUGUCUUUAGUUUGACUUUAUGUACUUUCUCAACAGUAACACCAACAGUGUCCAUAAGGGGGCGCCAUAACGUUUAUUUUCUUUGUGGAAAUGACAGAAAACUAAAAAUGUGCUGCAGAAGCACAAAUAAACACACAUUCUUUCUUUUGACAAAAUAUGAGUAUAGAUUAAUUUAAUUUCAUCGUUACUCUCUCCAAACCCAUGUAGAAAUUAUUGCCAGAUUGCAAAACAUGGGAUUAAGCUGUAAUCUGUCAAUAAAGGACAGAGAGAUACCAUAAAAUGCACUCACUUGUCCUGAAUUGGAAAGCAUGUGUGGUUAAUGUAUGUUUGACAAACAUUUUUAUCUUGUUGAGCCUAGAAAGAAAAAUUACAUUUUCUGAUUGUCUCUGUGUGUCAAUGGAAAGUUUUCUGAAUGUGUAGUGGCUGAAUCCACGCCCCCUUGGCUGUGUGUCUGGUAUUGGUGUGAUGCUCUUUACAUGCUAAUCUAAUUAUUUUUUUGAUCUGAAUUCUUUUUUAAUAAAUAAAAUCUAGUGAAAUA